AUGAAGGAUGAACUACCGUUAAGCUACGAGAAAAUUAGGUCCACUGAGAAAGCCAAAAAACUACUGACCAUGCUUACGGAUUUCCUUCAGGCACCUCAAAUUACCCUAGCAAAUGACAUUUACCAAACAAUUUACACUAUUUGUGAAGCUAGAUAUGAUGCAAAUCUUAUAAUAUGGAUUCUCGAUCUGUUUAAACAAUCUUUAAAAGAGCAAGGAGAUAUUCGUAUAAGACUUGUGCUUAAAGAGCCACAGAGAACAAAAUGGACGUUAUUCAGGAAGAUGAGGAGACAAUAUAUGAUGUAUUUACAGCUAUUAGCAAAGUCAUUAAAUUACUUGGAUGCAUUUCGUGAACAUGAUCCAGAAUCCUCUUUUGAUCGGUUGGAUGCUUUAUUUGUUUUAUCUGCUAUAGAUGAGGGGUUGUCCAUACCUGAACUUUACAAAGAAGCCUUUGCUUUUCGGGUGUGCAGUACUGAUUAUUCAGAUAAAGAGAAAAAUGAUUGUAAGGAAAUUUUCGACAUGGUGUGUCAUUAUGAAACAGUAAGACAAGGACUCGAAAAACUAUGGCCACCUUUAGAUCUCCAUGAACUAGUCUCUUAUGGAAGGAUCUUUUUCCCAGAAUAUAUAACUAAAAUAGAAGCUAACGAAAAAAAUGUUGACAUCUUUGCAAUUCUUCGGGUUUGGGAUAAUGCUGUAGACACAGUCAAAUAUCUAGGAGCAUCUGAAAGUGAAAAAGUUAGGCUAAUUGGGCUUCAAGAGUUCGAGAAGCGUCACGACUGGUUUUUUCGUACUAUAAAAACUGUAAAAUUAACAGCUGAAUCAAUAUACGCACUUUAUAUCGCCAUGAAAAAUGUUGGCAAGGGGACAGACUUUGCAGUAACAUUCAUCAGAUCAAGGGAUAUCAACUUUAGAAACGAAGACUUCGACGAACUAUUAAAUGCAAUUGCAUUAAUAGAGCAUGAAAUGGUUACUGAUAAAACAAAAACCUAUGAGAAGAAGUUUACCGAAGAUCUUUUAAAAAAAGUAAGAUUGUCAUUUAAAGAAUCAAUUACAAAUGUUGAGGACUUUCAUAAGAAACUGCUGAAAUAUUAUAACCAAGAAAUAAAAUUAUGCUCAUCGCUUGAAAGGGAAAAUGUUUCGGAGAAAUGGAUAUUUCAAGGACUCACGGUUGAAUGGCCUGAUAUAUUUGCUGUAUUACUUGCGAAGUAUGUGCCUAAGCUCUCUGAUUUUAUAGAUUAUCAUUUGAAGCCGCUCAUAUUUAGAAGAAUUGUCAUGUUUAAUGACGAUUUUGUUUUCAAUUAUCAAAAGAAUCCGAAAGGCAAAGAAGCUGCUUUAAUUGAUAUUCUUACAGAAAUGAUACCAAAUGAUAUAUGGCCUGUCAAACAUAUGAUAUAUACAGCGAUAAAGGAUUUUCAAAACCCAUCAUUUAUUGGGGUGAAUAACCAAAUUCCAAUGUUUAAAUUGUUCAUUGACAAGAAGAUAUUUAAAAUUGAAUCAAGGGAAAGAAGUCAUGAACCAAUUUGGAUCGAUAAAACAUUCAAAGAUGCGUGGACCUCCGAAAGGCAAUCUAUGUUGAAAGAAUCAAAGCAACUUGAAGGUGCAUUCCGUUUUAAUGUCAUCGAAAUGUCAUCACCAAUUGAACUUGACAAUGGGAGGGGUCUUACUUUGAUUAUAAACUUUACCACAGCUGCCAUUCUAAAUCAGUUUAAUGAUUUUGAAACGAUUACAGUAGACAGCCUUGAAAAGAAGUUAAAUGUCACGCAAGACCAAUAUGCUGAUUUCUCUGUAAAUUUGAAAAAACUUAUUAGAUAUGGAUUGAUUAAAGAGAAAAAAGGUGUCCUUCAGUUCAACCAAGGUUUCAAACCGACUGCGAUCACCCAAGAAACUGGGGUUUUAAGAGUCAACUAA